CUCAACUCUCUUCUACUGUCCACCAAUUACCAACUUCUCAAACAUCAUCAGCAGAUUCAUUUUAGGAUAUGAAGUUCUUUAACUGGAUGCACAAUAAGUUAAAUGGGGGACAAAGAAGCAGAAAAACUAAUGCAGUCCCUAUCACAAAUCAAACAAAUGAAGAGUUCAAAGAUUGGCCAGAUUCGUUAUUGGCAAUUGGAACUUUUGGCAUUAAGAGCAGUGAAGAAGUUGGCAAAUUACAAAAUGAUCAUCACCAGGACGAAAUACUAGAGAAUUCACCAGAUUUAGCAGAAUUCACACCUGAAGAAGUUGGCAAAUUACAAAAAGAGUUAACAAAAUUAUUAUCCCGAAAACCGGCUGCUAAUAAUGCUGAUUAUAUUUUUCCAUUGGACAGAUUUCUUAAUUGUCCUUCAAGUUUGGAAGUUGAUCGUAGGAUUAGUUCCAGCAGAUUUAGCAGUACUAAUUCAGACAAUUUUGAUUAUGACGAGGAAGAACUUGACAGAACUAUAAGAGUGAUUAUAGGAAGAUGCAAAGAUGUUUGCAAUAAGCAGAACAAAAAGAAAUCAAUUGGGAAGAAAUCCAUUUCUUUUCUUCUCAAGAAAAUGUUCGUUUGCGCAAGUGGUAAUUUUGGUCCAGCUCCUGGUUUACGAGAUACAUUUCAGAAAUCAAGAAUGGAGAAGAAGAAAUAUGUGAUUUUGCUUCUUACAGUAAUAUGUUUGAUCCCGCUUAUGGGGUCAGGAUCGAUUGAUAUCCUCUAG